CGCCGCAUUGCGAGUCGAGCCGUGGCCGUGAGCGGAUCCUACGUCGGUGGCCGUGUGUCCAGUGCUCACCGUGCGCCAACAACACGCACCCCCGAACCACCCCCGGAGGAACUCUUGACAAGGUCGCUUCGCUGUUACGGUGUCCGCAGUGCAUUUGAUUCCGUUCGUGGCAGGUUCGCCGAAAAUUCGGUGCCAGUGUCAUUUUUGUGAUUUCGCGAAAGCGAGAGAGACUUCUUGAAGACGUCCAGCCGCCCACGAGCAGCAAGAUCUUGGAUUACACGCAAAGAAAGAAAGCGGCGGGUGAGGACCUGACUGACUGACUGCUCGGCCUCACUCAACUCUCGGGCUUUUUCAGAGGUACUAUUUACAACCGGAAAUUUAACUCUGGCCAAGCAGAAGGCCUUGGGAAAUAAUAAUCGGCGGAGAUGCCAGCUGCCUCCUGUGGCCUCCUCCAUCUCGCACAAUAAGCAGGAGAGGCCGCCCGAGAAGCUCCGAGACCCGAACGAACAACAGCCCACUGCCGAAAAUGGAGCGGUCGGCGCGCACCACCUUCCUGACGCUGCUCCUGGCCUUGCUGGUCCUCAGCGGCGUGCAAGGUCUUGAGCAGAAAUUUGCCAUCGAACCCAUGGACCAGACGGCCAUCGUGGGUAGCAGAGUCACCCUUCCGUGCCGAGUGGAGAACAAACGAGGCAUCCUGCAAUGGACCAGGGAUAGCUUUGCCCUUGGUGCAAAUCGCGACUUGUCCCACUACCCCAGAUACACCAUGAUCGGAAGUGACGAAGAAGGUGACUAUUCCCUGGACAUCAGUCACGUCAACCUUGAGGACGAUGCCCAGUUUGAGUGUCAAGUGGCCGCUGCGCCUGGAGUUGCCUUCAUCAGGUCACGCAAAGCCACACUCACCGUGCUUGUGCCUCCUGAUGCACCAGAAAUCUUGCAGGGUCGAGUGCUGACCACAACAGAGGACCGCGAGAUUGAACUCGAGUGCGUGUCCAGAGGCGGAAAACCAUCGGCAGAGAUCACCUGGCUGGACGGGCAGGGCAACGUAAUCACCUCUGGCAUUGAGACGGUCACCGAGCCGCUGCCCGAUGGGAAAAGGGUCACCGCCAAGUCCAUUCUCAAGCUGAUCCCCAAGAAAGAGCACCACGGACAAAAUCUGACGUGCCAGGCGCAAAACACGGCCGACAGAAACCACCGCAGCGCCCGUCUAAGGCUUGACGUCAAGUUCGCCCCAAAAGUGUCGGUGCGGGUCACACACCCGGAGGACAGAAGGAUCGUCGAGGGCGACGAGGUCAAACUCGCCUGCAAGGCGGAGGCCAACCCCACCGACGGCCUCAACUACAGGUGGUACAUCAACGACGAGCCCGUCAGCGGCGAGUACACGACAGAGCUGCUCAUCCCGAAUGUCACCCGUUCCAUGCACGACACGAUUGCCAAGUGCGAGGUACGCAAUGUGGUCGGCAAAAGCGAAGAGUCGGAGACGCUGGACAUUGCCUAUGGUCCGCGUUUCAAAGACCGACCGAAAAGUGUGCAAGCGGAGAAUGGUGCUCAAGUGACCCUUAGCUGUGACGUGGACAGCAACCCUGCUGCAGUCAUCAGGUGGCUCCAUGGUGAAACAUCAAAGGUGAUCUCCAGCUCAAACAAUUUGUCGCUGACCGUGAGCUCGAGGACCGCAGGCAGAUACAUUUGCGUGGCCAGCACCGAGGGUUUCUCAGAUAUCAAAGCGGAGGCUCAAGUGUACCUCAAGGGGCCGCCAGACAUAAUUUCUCGGCUCACCCAGUACGGCUCCGUGGGGGAGACCGUCAAGCUUGAGUGUGUGGUCUUCUCGGUGCCCCGGCCGGAUAGAGUCGCCUGGAGCAGGAACGGCCGCGAGGUGCACGCAGCGCUCGACCCUGAUGUCACCAUCAACGAAGAGCCCUUACCAGAAGGGAUAAAAAGCACGCUGGUGAUCAGAGGCGCGCAGAGUAUGCAUUUUGGUGCGUACAACUGUUCCGCAUCAAACGCGUUUGGCACAGACGUGGCGGAAAUCAACCUCCGAAUCCAAGACGGACUCAAAAAUCUUGAGAUCAUCUUCUACGUUGCCCUGGGGGCUGUUGUUUUGGUGCUUUUUGUGGCUUGUAUUUGCUUCUGCAGGUGCAGAACCAAUCAGAAGAAUCUCCACAGAUCACCUCCACAAGUUGUUGUGGAUAUGCCUGAAAAGUCGGCAAAACUUUCCGACCGCUCUUCAAACGACUCCGACCUGAAAGUAGACAUCAGAACCUCAUCCUCCCUGAGCAACGUCCACGAGGACACAAGCGACAGGUGGGAGGACAGAAGUGAUGUCCCGACGCCUCGACUGACAAAUGGCGGCGAGGGCAUCUACAGGUACUCUGCUGACUACACCGAACCUUCCCUGCCUCUAAAAACUGACGGUGCAAACAACAACGGCUAUGUGCCGUUUGUGGACUACUCGCGCGAGUACAACCCUCCGUUGGCGCCACCUCGAAACAAUUACAUAGACCCUCAGUACUCGGCCACCUACGGCAAUCGCUUUGCGCGCGCCUCUCCACACACGACCCUUCCAACGCCGGCAGGCAUGACGUCGCCCCCUGGCAGGGUGUCUUCGCCACCUUUGCAGCCUCCACCUCCGGCGUACAGCGCCACCGUUGGCCGGAACGGGUCGAUCGCGGCGCCGCUGACGCAGUCUCGAAUGCCCAGCUCCAACUCGCUGCAGUUCAUCCAGGCUACCGGCGCCAAGAGAGGCAACACCCUCGCCACCCAUGUAUAAUAUAAGCCCGGCAGUGACCACGUGACACGUGUGGUCAGCUGCCAGCCUGAAGAACCCAUUAGGACUACCGAGAUGAUCUAAUGAGAAUCAAUGGACGUGUGAGGGAAAGACAGAAAAACAAACUUUUUGUGCUGCCGAAUUAGGCGCGCGGUGCCGGCCCGCGCCCUUUCAAAGUGAUCUUUUGCAAAAGUGAUACCACACAUGGAAAAAUUAUGUCGCGAUUCGCAUUAAUUAAUUAUAUAAGCAGUUGAUUAUCAUGUGCGCGCAAUUGGACGCUGAACCUAUAAUUGAGAGAAGUGCUCAUCAAAAGUGUAUUAAUUAUUGAAAGCCAAUCGAACCGGAGGGUAAAGUUUCAGGGCUCCGCCAAAUCUCUUUGCAAAGCUGUGCUGCUCUUUUCAUCAAAUGCCAAAACUCUGUGUAUCAUUUAUUUUAGAGAGGCCAAAAUCGAGUGCCCUUUUCCGAUGAUUGUAUGGUUUAUGCCUGAGUGCAUCACUUUUUAACAAGCAAUGCUGAGCUUUAUGACUGAUUGAAUGAAAAAUAUCACAAGAAGCAGUGGAAGAACUUUGUAAAAAUUUCGGUCCUAGUCAUUGCAGCAAAGAUGCUUUGAGUUCCACUGCUUGCUUCUUUUGGGAAUGUUUCUCUGAAAACCUAGCCCUUUAUAUCAUAUCAUUUUCAAGCCUUUAGUUGCAAGGUUUAGAAAGCCCAAGCGUAUAUCAUUAUGCCUAUAUUUCGAAGCCAAAAUAUCAUUUUGCAGCCGCAACAGUUUUCAAAGGGAUAUGCAAGUGCUACGAGCCCUGUAAAGUUUGUAAAAACUAAAGUUUAAGUGCACCCCCAGUUGGGUGGCCUUUUUUAAUUUAUUGUAAGCUUAAUUUCAAUAAGGGUCGUAAUAUGCAGUGACGUUGUAUUGUACAUUUUAGACGAGGAGACCCAUGACUGACUGAAAGAUUUUAAGUCCGUAGCAAUUAAACAAGGUACUAAAGAGAAUGAGAUCUGUAUUUCAGUGUUCAUACUGUACUGUACUUGAGAUGCAAACCUGUGUAAUCAACGAUUUGUUUGCCUUCCGUUUUCGCAAAAUCAAGAGUGUUGCAAAAAUCAAUGGAAAAACCUUGACUGUCCUGGAGCAAAAAGAGCACCAGUGGCCUCUUAUCAAGAGCGUUAUUAGAAAGAAAAAUGCAUGCGAUUUUUUUGUGAAAAAUGGUUCAUAUCACGAGACUGUGGGGAGAAAACGGAUCUAUUUAGUCCUUUUCCACAGCCAAGAGAUUGAGCCUGAUGCGCAAACUAAUGUGACUGUGCUGCUGCUUCAAGAGCAUGCGAGAACCCCAUCAUGGCAAUUUAUAGCUGCCAGUUAUGUUCCUUCCGAAAAUUCAAAGCUAGAACAUUAAACUAUGUUCAAAUGCAUAUCAAACAAAUUGCACUCACAGCCAACAGAAUUCCACAUCCAAAGAACAAACAUCUUACAUUGUGGAGAGGACAAGUGCGAUUUUGAUCAAAAGAUACAUCUUAGAAAAAAAAACGUCAUUUUUGCCGCCGUCGCCGAUUUUAUUUGGAAGACAGACUUUUCCACAUAACUAGGGAGCCGUCCGAGGAGGCGAUUCACAAAACUCGUCAUCUAUCUCAUAGCUGUUGAGUGUGCAUGACUACUUUUUAGAGGCAGUUAUAUUCAUUAGAGACACACAGAGAUUGUUAUAUAUGCUCAUUGAUCGUUCGUUGCAACGUGCAAGCCUUAAUACUGCGAUUGAAUCUCAAUUCUUCCAUUCUUAUUAAUUGAUUAGCCGGCUCUGUUAUUAAUAAGUCCAAAUAUCAUUGAAAAUAUGCAGACAGUAGAGCGCCUAAUGCAGUUAAAAGAUAUAUUGUCACCCCUACCUCUCUGCAA